UAUAAAAAAAAUAACUUUCUUAUAUUAUUGAUUUUGAAAAAUAUCUCAAACUCGCCAUAUAGUAUAAUAUUUAAUAGUACUUAUUAUGGAUAUUUUGGCGUGGAUGGACAUUGCGUUACAAAAAGCUGAAGAAUCUUUGAGAGCCGGUGAAGUCCCGGUUGGUUGUUUAUUUAUAUAUAAUAACGAAGUGCGUGCAACGGGCAAUAAUACAGUAAAUGAAACUUGUAAUGCAACUCGUCAUGCCGAGAUAAAUUGCAUCGACCAAGUCUUAAAGUUCUGUACGGAGAAACAUCUGGCGUACGAAACGGUGUUUCAUAAUUUAGAUGUAAUUGUCACGGUAGAGCCGUGCAUAAUGUGUGUGUCGGCAUUGCUUCAGCUACAAGUACGCAGUAUUGUGUACGGUUGUGCGAACGACCGAUUUGGCGGUUGCGUCAGUGUUCUCCAAGUACCAAAGUUUUACGAUCCGAAAAUCGUGAUACGUGGAAACGUUAAAGGAGAGGAGGCCAUGAGGUUACUCCAAAAUUUUUAUAAAGGCGUCAAUCCAAACGCGCCUGAACCAAAAGUCAAAAAAGGACGUAACGCUAAAGGAACUUGGUCAACAGAGAGCAACAGCUUUUUUAAUUCUGAAUUUAUGUGAAACAUUUUUGUACAUUCUCAUUUGGUAUACAUUACACGAAUAUAAAAUAUAUUUUCAGUCAUUACAUAA